AUUUGAAAAAGGAACAUUAAGCUAGUUUUCGUGUGAAAUUUUUGGAAUUCGGGCACAAGAAUAAGAUCAUGUCGGCUACCUUCAUAUCAGGGGCAAGAACGUCAUCGAAAUGGGGCAAGCAUGACCCAGUGUCGAUGCAACAAAGUAGGACUGACCAUUGGUCGAAGAUGAAACAUCAAGCUACGAACUUUACGCUUAAAAUGCCAGAAGCAACUGUAAUAACUAAACAAUUACCGCAUGACGCAUCACGCUAUCGGAUGAACCCAGACGGAAGCAUCAUCCCGCUGAAGGGAGAAGCAUUCGAUGAUAAAUUAAACCGAGAUUUUCAAGACGACACAGCUCCGGGAAACUACCAGAAGACCAGACUCUACAGAUCCAGGUCUAUUCCAAACAUGAAGAAAUACCGUAACCAGUUCAACGAUCGGGCAAGAGAAGGAUUCAAGUUCUGGCCGUUAACCCGACCUAAGCCAACAUUAUAUGGUAAAUACGGUAUGGGAAGUUACAAAUCAGUGCUGGGACUUGGUGACGCUGUGAGGACAUGAAGCGUAUUAUGACGUCUUCACUGUGAUAUGUUCUCGUAUACAAGAAUUGUUAAUAUUCUGUAACUUAUUUGCUGUUGUGCCAUAAUAAACCACGCCGCGCUUGA